UUCUGGCGUCACUUGAAGGUCGUUUGUAGGUCUUUUGACGCAAAUCUCAAUAUCAAUCACAUGCCUCAAAACGAGCACAUUGAGCUCCAUCGCAAACGCCAUGGGUAUCGCUUUGACUAUUUUGAAAGAAAACGGAAAAAAGAGGCUCGUGAACCUCAUGAAAGGAGUCGUAAAGCCAAAAAGCUCCGUGGAUUAAAGGCGAAAAUUGCCAACAAAGAGAGGUUCAAAGAAAAGGUUCAGAUGAAGAAAACUUUACGUAUGCAUGAGUUAAAAGGAAAAAACCAAAAAGUCGACGAAGCUGGGCGAUCUGGAGAAGUACCUGCUUAUCUUUUAGAUCGUGGAGAACAGAUCUCUGCCAAAGUGUUAUCCAACACUGUUAAGCAGAAAAAAGCUGAGAAAGCUGGAAAAUGGGAGGUACCAUUACCAAAAGUAAGAAGUGUAUCUGAAGCAGAGGCAUUUAAAGUUGUACGAACAGGAAAGUCUAAACGGAAAGCAUGGAAGCGUUUGGUUACUAAAAUGUGCUUCGUUGGCGAUACAUUUACAAGAAAACCUCCUAAAUUUGAACGUUUUAUUCGUCCGAUGGGUUUACGUGUAAAAAAAGCAAAUGUUACUCACCCAGAGCUUAAAACUACUUUCCAGCUUCCUAUAAUUGGAGUAAAGAAAAAUCCAAGUUCACCAAUGUAUACUACCUUAGGUGUAAUAACUAAAGGUACAAUUAUUGAGGUGAACGUCAGCGAUCUUGGUUUGGUCACACCGAGUGGAAAAGUUGUCUGGGGUAAAUAUGCUCAAGUAACUAAUAAUCCUGAAAAUGAAGGUUGUGUAAAUGCAGUUCUUAUUGUAUAGAUGGAAACUAAUUUAUUAUAAAGUCUUCUGUUCAAUAUCUAAUAGAUCCUCAGCCUAUAUUUCUGGUUUUCAGUUCGUUGCAAUGAAAAAGAUUUUAAACAUCUUCCUCCACAAUUCGCUUCAAGUAAUACGUAUAAUUCAGCACAACUGGUUCUGACUGACUAUCUCAAACAGAUUGAGUUUCUUUUAUCUGUAGUUUCAGUAAGUCAGUGACAACGUAGAGCCUCGUACGUAUGUACAUCGAUUCAAGCUGUCAUACCUCGUUAGCAGAGUUCGAAUUGUCAGGCCAGAAUAGAAGAGAUAAUAACAAUAUCAGUGGUAAUAGGAAAUGUUAAGCAUCUAUGAUACGGUUUAAGAAAAAAUAAGUUAGUGGAAUAAAGAUUAUGACAAAUCUAGAGUCUCAGGAUUUGGGGGAAGACAAUAAACGGAUGCACCUGUGCCACAGCAAGCGAUUUCAAGCCAUGUCAUCCAAAGUUCAUUGUCUUUAAUUAUGGUGGUCACGCAGACCCCAACAAGGUAGUCCACAUCCAUCGCUAUGUCUAACUGUCAGUGAUUUCAUGAACAGGUGCCAUAUUCUGGUUUGGCCACCCCUAGCUUUCU